AUCCCCUAGUAAGUUCAGACAAGUCUGUCGUUGUUACCGCUCUCCGUCAAAAUCAUCUUCGGGUUUGGGCUGCUAGAGAAAGAAAUCAAGGAGCUUGCCAAGAAGAUCAACGAUCUCUGUGACCCAUGGCUCGUGAGUUUGCUCUUUUCUGGGAGUCAGGAGCGUGCCCGUUCCCAUACGACCCGAACCAUCCUUACCCGAUCCAGGAUCUGGUUGGUCGGAUCAACCAAGCCUUGAAGCAGGAGAACCCUAACAACCAGCUCUCCGCGAACUACAAGUACGUCUGCGGCCGUCCGGAUCUGUUCACGGCCUCUGAUAGAGCCUUCCUCGAGGACAACAACGGCUUCCGCUUCUUCGACACCGAGGAGAGGAACAUAGACUGCUGCUUUGUCGACGAGAACGGUGGCGUCUGCGGUGUCCGCAUCCACACAGCUGUCCCGCCGAGAGAAGACGUUCCUUACGAGAGGAAGUCUGAUUUAGCUGCUGCGAGGUUGAUCGAGCUGAUGCAGACUGAGACGAGGAGUGGGGGUUUCCCUAGGAGUGUCCUUUUGAUAUCGGGGAACUCGGACUUGCACAUGUCCACUAAGUAUUUAGGAGACCGUGGUUUCACUGUGUUUGUGGCUAAGAAACCUAACCGGGAUGGAAAGAUUUACCCGAGUGGAUUUGAGGAAUCAGGGGCGAGUGUUACGUUUAACUGGGAGCUCAUGCUUUGUGGAGGUGGUAGGCUGUACAAGGUGGGGCCGGGUGAGUGGAAGGGGCAAGGGGUCGAUGAAGAAGAGGUGGCUCCGUGGGGGGUGCCUGGAAGUGGUGACAAGUGAGGGGAAUAGUUAAUAAGCUAAUUAGUAUCGUUGUUUGUAUUAGGUGCUGUGUGUAGUGGUCUCUUCUUAAUUUGACUUAUGUGUUGAAGAACUAUUUGAGUAUUAUUAUUGAUUGUUAGAGUAUUGUUUAAAUUUGACUUAUGUGUUGAACUAUUUGACUUAUCCGCCAGUUUAAAGGUAAUGACACUUCUGUAA